CUCGCUCCAGCCCCUCCAGCGCCUCCCCGGCUGGCCGGGCCGUAGGGUGUGCAGGGCGGGACUCCCCAGGCUGAGCCGCGGCGGUCGGGCCCCGCCCCAGGCUCUGUGCUCACCCCUGCCUGGUGACUUCCGUUGGCGCUCCAGUGCGAACAUGGUGCAGAAAUACCAAUCUCCUGUUCGUGUCUACAAGUACCCAUUUGAGCUGGUCAUGGCGAUCGCCGGUGUGGAGCACGUGGUCUUCGUGCAGAGAAACGUCUUGAACUGGAAGGAGAGGACGCUCCUCAUCGAAGCGCACAACGAGACCUUCGCCAGCCGCGUGCUGGUGCACGAGAACUGCAGCUACACGGUCCACCCCGAGAAUGAAGACUGGACUUGCUUCGAGCAAUCUGCCUCACUGGACAUCCGGUCCUUCUUUGGCUUUGAAAAUGCCUUGGAGAAGAUCGCCAUGAAGCAGUACACCGCCAACAUCAAGAGGGGGAAGGAGGUGAUAGAGCAUUACCUGAACGAGCUCGCCUCCCAGGGCACCUCGCACAUCCCCCGCUGGACGCCGGCCCCAGGCCGGGAGGACGCCUGUGGCCGGGUUGGGCAGCGGGACCCUGGCUCCCUGGAGGCUGACAGGCCCAGCAGUGCCCCAGGCCCUGCUCCGGAGACUGUCAGUUCGAAUGGGGACAAGCUGGACGCGGACUACAUAGAGAGGUGCCUGGGCCGCCUCACGCCCAUGCAGGAGAGCUGCCUGAUCCAGCUUCGGCGCUGGCUGCAGGAGACCCACAAAGGCAAGAUCCCCAAAGACGAGCACAUCCUUCGGUUCCUGCGGGCCCGUGACUUCCACCUGGACAAGGCCCGGGAAAUGCUGUGCCAGUCCCUGAGCUGGCGGAAGCAGCAGCAGGUGGACCUCCUCCUUCAGACCUGGCGGCCCCCCGCGCUCCUGGAGGAGUUCUACGCAGGGGGCUGGCAUUACCAGGACGCAGACGGCCGCCCCCUCUACAUUCUCCGCCUGGGCCAGAUGGACACCAAGGGCUUGAUGAAGGCGGUGGGGGAGGAGGCGCUGCUGCGGCACGUUCUUGCCGUCAACGAGGAAGGACAGAAGAGGUGUGAGGGAAACACAAAGCAGUUUGGCCGUCCCAUCAGCUCCUGGACCUGCCUGCUGGACCUGGAGGGCCUGAACAUGCGGCACCUGUGGCGGCCGGGCGUGAAGGCGCUGCUGCGCAUGAUCGAGGUGGUGCAGGACAACUACCCCGAGACGCUGGGCCGGCUGCUCCUCGUGCGCGCCCCCCGUGUCUUCCCCGUGCUCUGGACGCUGAUCAGCCCCUUCAUCAACGAGAACACCCGGCGGAAGUUCCUCAUCUGCAGCGGCAGCAACUACCAGGGCCCCGGGGGCCUCGUCGACUACCUGGAUAAGGACGUGAUCCCCGACUUCCUCGGGGGGGAGAGCGUGUGCAAUGUCCCCGAAGGAGGGCUGGUCCCCAAGUCACUGUACCUGACGGAAGAGGAGCAGGAGCGGGCAGACCAGCUGCGGCAGUGGAGCGAGACCUACCACUCAGCCAGCGUGCUCCGCGGGGCCCCCCAUGAGGUCGCAGUGGAGAUUCUGGAAGGGGAGUCGGUCAUCACCUGGGACUUCGACAUCCUCCGAGGGGACGUGGUGUUCAGCCUGUACCACACCAGGCAGGUGCCCAGGCCAGGCCCCCGGGAGCAGCUGAUCGACAAAGGCUGGGUCCUCGGCAGGGAUUACAGCCGCGUGGAGGCACCCCUCGUCUGCCGGGAGGGGGAGAGCAUCCAGGGCUCCCACGUGACCCGGUGGCCUGGGGUCUACCUGCUCCAGUGGCAGAUGCACAGCCCCCCUGGCAGCGUGGCCUGCAGCCUCCCGGGCGUGGACGACGUCCUGACGGCCCUGCACAGCCCUGGCCCCAAGUGCAAACUCCUGUACUACUGCGAGGUGCUGGCCUCUGAGGACUUCAGGGGCUCCAUGUCCAGCCUGGAAUCCUGCACCAGCGGCUUCUCGCAGCUCAGCGCCGCCACCUCCACCUCCUCCUCCGGCCAGUCCCACAGCAGCUCCCUGGUCUCCAGAUAG